AACUGGGGGAGGGGUGAGGAUGGAGGGAGACUGGGCCGGGAGGCCGUGUCGGACCGGGCCCGCUGGCCUCCGCUGGGCUGAGCGGAAGAGAGGACCGCGGUGGGGACGGUGCCCUUUCUUCCGCCCCGCCCCUCGGGACCACCUCCAUUCCCCCCUGCUGUCCCGUGGCAGCUGUCUGGCCCGGGUCUGGUAGUUGGGCUUACUGAGGCCGCCCUUUCAGGCCUCCGUCUCCUGACCCGCGGAGAGGCCAUCUCCAUGCGGUCACAGCAGGGCCUUCUCUGCGCCCAACUCUACUUUUCCAAAGAGAAAAGGCCGGUUGGGAUUCCCGGAGUUUCCCGCCAGAGCAGGGUCCUCUGGAGGGAGAGCUGUUUUCAACGAGGAAGUUCAGCUUUCGCUCCCACCUGCUUCACCUCUCUUCUUCCUUGAAACCUGAAUGCUGCUUCUCGACUACUGUGUCUCACGUAAACAAUUCUCCAACUCUUUUACCCUGUGGUAUUUCCCUGGGAUGUGAUAGCGCUAGAGCCAUCACCAGAGAGAAACGUCUGGACCCUUCUGCACAGGUUAUGAGAAACCCCUUAACUGCCACAGUUUUCUUACCUGGCUCAUCGCCUCUUGGAUUUUGUAUCUUUACUACAGUCAGUGAUGUGAAAAGACCUGAAAUGGAGGACACUGCCGACGGGGUGAAGAUGGACGCUGGGGAGGUGACCUUAGUGAACCACAGCUCCGCCUUCAGAGCCCACCUCCUGCCACACUCAGGCUUUCCAGAGGACCAGCUUGCACUUUCUGACCAGCAGAUCCUGCCUUUCAGGCAGGGGACUCUACACCGAGCUUUCACGGGUUCUACAAGCAGUGCAGCCUAUAACCCAGACUAUCACUCAGGAUUCUUUGUCAGCAAGAUGAGAUCUCCUCCCCUAAAAAGACAUAACCCUUCCUCAGACAGUUUCCUUGGCUCAGGUGACAUAAGAACCUUUGGUCAAAGUGCAAAUGGACAAUGGAGAAACUCCACUCCAGCGUCAGGAUCAGCAUUACAAAAACCAAGAAAUAGCCGAAGUCUUUACCUCGAAACCCGGAAGACCUCAAGAUGUAGAAUCCUCUGGAACCGAGUUACAGACAGUUGUGGAUUGUCAAACACCUUUGUGGGCAAGUCCAAUCACCACUGCCAUGUGUCUGCCUAUGAAAAGUCAUUCCCCAUCAAGCCUGCCCCAAGUCCGUCCUGGAGUGGGUCGUGUCGGCGGAGUCUUUUAAGCCCCAAGAAAACUCAGAGGCGACAUUUCAGCACAGCAGAAGAGACAGUUCAAGAAGAAGAAAAGGAGAUCUACAGGCAGCUGCUGCAGAUGGUCACAGGGAAGCAGUUCUCCAUAGCCAAGCCCACCACACAUUUCCCUUUACAUCUGUCUCGGUGUCUUAGUUCCAAUAAGAACUCUUUGAAAGACUCACUGUUGAGAAACGGAAACUCUUGUGCAUCUCAUGUCAUUGGUUCUGAUACUUCGUCCUCUGGAUCUGCCAGCAUUUUAACUGCACAGGAACAGUUGUCCCACAGUGCACAUUCCCUGAUAUCUGGUACCCCAGAUGUUGCCUUUGGAUCCAAAGACUCCGCUCUUCACCAUCACCUCUCUGCACCUCAUCAGCCAGACAGUUUACCAGCAUCAAAUCCACAGUCUGAAGGGUCAGACUCUGUGAUUUUACUCAAAGUGAAAGAAUCUCAGACGCCAGCUUCCAGAUACCUCAGUCCAUUGAAGAGAAGUACUUGUCCCUACAUUAUUCCUUAUUCAGCAGUCACGGAUCUGCUCUCUAGCAGUCCUACUUUCUUCCAGGCAGAGCUUUGGAUCAAAGAAUUAACUAGUGUUUAUGACUCUCGAGCCCGGGAAAGACUGCGCCAGAUUGAAGAGCAGAAGGCGUUGGCACUACAGCUUCAAAACCAGAGACUGCAGGAGCAGGAGCAUGCAGUGCUUGAUUCCGUAGAGCUCCACCUUCGUGUUCCUCUGGAAAAGGAGGUCCCUGUCACAGCAGCCCAAGAAACCAGGAAAAAAAGUCACCAACUAACUGAUAGUGAAGACGAGUUCCCUGAAAUUACAGAGGAAAUGGAGAAAGAAAUAAAGAAUGUGUUUCGUAAUGGUAACCAGGAUGAAGUCCUCAGUGAGGCCUUCCGCUUGACCAUCACACGCAAAGACAUUCAGACUCUGAACCAUCUAAACUGGCUCAAUGACGAGAUCAUCAAUUUCUACAUGAAUAUGCUAAUGGAGCGCAGUAAAGAGAAGGGAUUUCCGAGUGUACAUGCCUUUAAUACCUUUUUCUUCACUAAACUCAAAGCAGCUGGUUAUCAGGCAGUGAAACGCUGGACAAAGAAAGUGGAUGUGUUUUCUGUUGACAUUCUCCUGGUGCCCAUUCACUUGGGUGUGCACUGGUGUCUGGCGGUUGUAGACUUUAGAAAGAAGAGUAUCACCUACUAUGAUUCUAUGGGUGGAGUAAACAAUGAGGCCUGCAGGAUCCUCUUGCAAUACCUAAAACAAGAAAGUGUCGACAAGAAAAGGAAAGAGUUGGAUACCAAUGGCUGGCAGCUCUUCAGCAAGAAAAGCCAGGAAAUCCCACAGCAGAUGAAUGGAAGUGACUGUGGAAUGUUUGCUUGCAAAUAUGCCGACUGCAUUACCAAAGACAGACCAAUCAACUUCACACAGCAACACAUGCCAUAUUUCCGGAAGCGAAUGGUCUGGGAGAUACUCCACCGGAAGCUCUUGUGAAGACUGUCUCAGUGAGCAGACACUGAGCGUGUGGGGGACCAGCCUUUGCCAUCGACAGCCAGAGAGCUUGGAGACAGCCGCUCCUAACCCCUGUUCUGUACAGCCCUUGGUCCUGGGCCAGACCAGGCAAGACGCACUCACAAGCACACCUGCCUUCCUUUUGUAUCUCAGAUACUAUUUUUGCAAAGAAACUCUGGUGCUGUGAAAGGGGUGAGGGACAUCCCUACUGAAGAGAGAGGCUGCUUUUCACUUCAGCUCUGCCGUCUUGUUUUCCAAGGGCUCCAGCCUCACUGAGUCCCUCAUUAGGAGUCCAAGGAAAACUGGGGAAGAAUCUUGGUUUCAUGUAAACUCUUGUUGCUAGACCUUACCGAGGAGUAGGAAAGGGCGUGGCAGCAGGUAGGAUACAACCACCAGCGCCGUGGUCAUACACGCAGUCCCUAGGAGGCAGGGUCACAAAUGGAACUGUGAACUGGACUCUGAGGCACACGCUUAAGUCCCCUCCUCCAGAGCCUUCCUAUUUAUGUGCCCUCCAUGAAACUGACUGCUUCUCCUCAAGGCUGUUUCCUCACUGGUCGAGUCAUCCCAUCCUGAGCACACUGCACAAGCCCCAGCAGACCCUAAAGCCUCGAGCAGGCCUUUCCUCACAGGCGGGGGUUGCAUGUUCGAGCAGGCCGUGCUGUGGGGAGAGCCACCCAGGAGUGUUGAGUGCAGCAGCCAGGGCCCAGCUUCACUGCUGCCUGCUGCUGACCAAGAAGGGGGACCUCAGUGGUCAGAGUCACAUGCCAGAGUUGGAUGAGUACAGGUCUAGGGUGUCUGUGGCUAGUUAGUUUAAAUAUGUUUCUAACCACAGAGAGUUUUAUAUACAUAUAUACCUAUAUGUGUGUAUACAUACAUAUAUAUACACACACAUAAAUGUGAAAUAUAUAUUUCACAGGGAUAUGCUUUUAAAAGAAAAAAAGACUGAAUGUGUUCACCAUUUAGUCUGUAGGUUUAUUUUCAUCUUUCAAACUCCAGCACACAGAGAUCCCAGCAAGCCCUGUUUAUGGGCAUUUGUAGAUUUCCUAAGAGUAUUUUGAGACCUGGAUGAAUCUGGUUUAGGAGUAAAGGUUAUCAAGGUAAAUGACAUUGCCAGCUGAAGAACGGGCGGAGCUUAGCUUGAUAAACUUGAGGUUUUUAAUCUGCUAUUUCCUUCGUUGUUUGUAGCACCUCUCCCACCCUCGCAGAGCUCCUGAGGUGAGAUGGGGAGGUGACGCAGUGCCAGUGUCGUUUUGUACUUAAGUUCCACUACAGGGACUUUUUCUACUUUGUGUAUGGUGACCGGUAGUUUUCUAUGCAGUCUUCUCCCCGCCGCCCCUGUGCCCAGCCCUUCCAGCACUGUGCUCUCUCCUUGGGCUUCAUUGGAAAUUUUACUCUGUUUUAUACCAAGCCUGUUUAGUACAUUUUUCUAUGUUUUACCACAAGUUACAAUUUGAAAACAGCAACUAUUUUUUUUACUACGCCAUUGUUAAAUGAGUGUUCGGUCUCCACUCCAGCAGCCUCCCUCCCUGCAUGUUGGGGGCUGGGGGCCUCUGUACCUUUGUGUUUCUCUCUCGCUGCUCCUUCCUCACUCCUCCUCCCUUUUUCUCUUGAUUUUCCAUAGGAAAUAAAUAGCUUUCUGUAUAUGA